AUGAGUGAUUUGUCCCAGAACGUAGCUAAGCUAAACAUUAACGACAAAGAAAACGGUAACGAUGGCGGCAAACCUUCGUAUGUCCCACCACAUUUAAGAGGCAGCGGUAAACCGGCGUUUAGGAGAACCGGUCCCCCAAGGGAGGAUAGAGGUUCAGGUGGAGGAUUCUUUAGUCGUUCGAGCAAGCAGGCCGGCGAUAAUGACGGUUUUUUUGGUUUUUCUAAAGGAAACAAUGGAGGAUCGACUUAUAACCGCGGAGGCAGUUCAAGUUUCAAGUCAUCAGGAAACAGAUGGGUGAACGGGAAACACGUACCCGGGCCAAAGAACGCAAGGUUGGAGGCUGAACUAUUCGGUGUACACGAAGAUCCCGAUUACCACUCAUCUGGUAUUAAGUUCGAUAAUUACGACGAUAUCCCUGUAGAGGCAUCCGGUAAAGAUGUUCCAGAACCGCUAUUAGAGUUUGAUUCUCCACCUCUGGAUGCAUUGCUACUGGAAAAUAUUAAACUUGCUGGGUUCAAUAAGCCUACCCCAGUGCAAAAAUACUCCGUUCCCAUUGUUACUAAUAAUAGGGAUUUGAUGGCCUGCGCCCAAACUGGUUCAGGGAAGACCGGCGGAUUUUUGUUUCCCGUCUUUACGGAGUUGUUUGAGUCGGGACCUUCCCCGAUGCCUGAGAAGGCACAAAGCUUUUAUUCUAGGAAGGGAUACCCAUCUGCUCUAGUCCUGGCGCCAACAAGAGAAUUGGCAACUCAAAUUUUUGAAGAGGCUAGAAAAUUCACUUACAGAUCAUGGGUUAGGCCAUGUGUUGUUUAUGGUGGUGCACCAAUCGGUAACCAAAUGAGGGAGGUCGACCGUGGUUGCGAUUUACUGGUUGCUACUCCAGGUCGGUUGAAUGAUUUAUUGGAACGUGGAAAAAUUUCUUUGGCCAAUAUCAAGUACCUCGUCUUAGAUGAAGCUGAUAGAAUGUUGGAUAUGGGGUUCGAACCUCAAAUCCGCCAUAUCGUUGAAGAAUGUGAUAUGCCAUCUGUAGGUAACAGACAAACUUUAAUGUUUUCUGCCACAUUCCCAGUGGAUAUUCAACAUUUGGCCCGUGAUUUCCUAGAUAAUUACAUCUUUUUGUCUGUAGGAAGAGUUGGUUCCACUUCAGAAAAUAUCACACAAAGAAUAUUAUAUGUGGAUGAUAUGGAUAAAAAAUCUGCUUUACUGGAUUUACUAUCUGCAGAGCAUGAAGGUUUAACGUUGAUUUUUGUCGAGACAAAGAGAAUGGCUGAUCAGUUGACUGAUUUUUUGAUCAUGCAAAACUUCAGAGCCACAGCUAUUCACGGUGAUCGUACACAAGCUGAACGUGAGCGCGCAUUAUCUGCCUUCAAAUCUAACGUGGCCAAUAUAUUAGUCGCAACUGCCGUAGCGGCAAGAGGUUUAGAUAUUCCGAAUGUCACCCACGUCAUUAAUUAUGACUUGCCUUCUGAUAUUGAUGAUUAUGUUCAUAGAAUUGGUAGAACCGGUCGUGCUGGCAACACCGGUGUUGCUACUUCAUUCUUUAAUAGUAAUAACCAGAAUAUUGUAAAAGGCCUGAUUGAAAUAUUGAACGAAGCGAACCAAGAAGUGCCAGCAUUUUUAAAUGAUAUGUCAAGGCAGAAUUUAAGAGGUGGUAAAACUAGAGGUGGAGGCGGCGGAGGUUUCUUCAAUAACCGCAACAACAAUUCAAGAGAUUAUCGUAAGCAUGGGGGCAAUGGUUCCUUUGGAAAUACAAGGCCAAGAAAUACUGGAACAUCAAACUGGGGUUCCAGCAGUGGGGGAGGGUUUAGGAACGAUAAUGAAAACAGUGGUUUUGGGAGUAGCAAUGCUUCAUGGUGGUAA